AUGAACGCCAGCGACAGCACUCCACAUAUAUAUAAAAUAGUUAGUUAUGAAGAUAACAGGAUAGUUGUUCAUAUCUUUCGUCCAGAUUUAUCAUAUCCCGAUGUACCUGGUAAACUUUGGAUAGAUAAACAUUUGUCAUUUCGAACGAUUUAUCCUGAUGGGAAUGUUGUACCAGUUGAUAUGAAAUUAGAUAUUCCAGAUGUUAACUUUUGUCUAUUGGACGUUAACGGAGUAACUAUGAGUCCUAUUGAGAUUUUUCCUAUAAGAAGUCAUUAUUUGUUGGUAACUUAUGCGAAUUUCACGGACCUUAAUGAUCAAUAUACUUAUAGUGAAUGGGCAAUGAUAGUUGAUUUAAAUGGAAAUAUUUAUAGCAGCAUUUUAUUUAAAUCUUCAUAUAUUAAUACCACUAACCAAUGGUUAUCAAGUCGAGCUAGGAUUUUUGUGAAUUUCAAUCCUUUCAGGGGAUUUCUCCGUUUGGCACCUAUAACAAAUACUACUGAUUAUAUUUGGCAGCAAUACGAAGUAACCGAAAAGGGAGAAAUCCUAUUUCUAGCGGGAAAUAGAUUACAUUUUUCAAACUUUACUAACCUAAUAGUUACCGCCGUUCCAAUGGUGGACGAAAAUUAUUUGAUCGUUUAUGCUAAUUCUACGGAUUCUGAAACUUUACUCCAAAAUCCUUUUAUUCCACGAACAGGAAUCUAUGGCAUAUAUUUGGAUUAUGGCAUAGAUUUUGUGCGAGAUCCUGUUAUUCUUCAUCUAUCUUCAACUAAAGGAUAUAGAAUUACUGAUAUUGAUUGCGAUAUUAUUUACUAUAUUGAUUACUUUAAAUAUGGGCAAACUUGUAUAUUUGCAGGAAAAUUUUCAAAUCAAACAAUUGAAAAAUCAUUUUACGUCAAAGUUGCAUUACUGUUUCCAGGAAUUGUUUAUUCCUUUGAACCAUUAAUGAUUAAUUUUCAACCGAUUUCAAAAACUGAAAAAUUAAAGGUUAUAUCAUUACGAUAUGGAGGUCAUGGACAUUAUAAUAUACAUAUCAAUACCACAUUUCCGAUGAUUGGUGAAACAGUCCUAUCUGAUAUAAAAGAGAUUACAAUACAAUUUUAUGAUGAAGUUGUUUUAUCAACCGGUCGCAUUGAAAUUUAUCAAGGUGAUGGGAAUUUACGUCAAUACAUUCGAGGUAUUAACGCUGCAAUGAUAACCCAAAGUGAAGAUGGAAGAAUUAGAGUUAAAAUACUACAAAGCACUUUCAAUAAACCUGGAAGUUACUAUGUUAUAAUUCAUGAUGAUUUUGUAAGGAUCCGAGAUUAUCAAGAGUCUCUCUUUGGUGUAAAGGAACUGGUUUCUAGAACCGAAAGAUCAGAAGAAAGUUUAGAAUACAUGAUAGGACGUGUUCGACUGACUCUAAAUGGGACGGAAUUUUUUGCCAGUCUUAACGAAAAAAAACGCAAUGAAUUUCAAAUGAACCUAAUAAAAGAUUUUGCUGAUGCAAUUCCCAUUAAUUUUGAUCGCAUAACUAUAAAUAAAAUUGAUACUUCAGAAGAUCAAACAAUUUUAUCAAUUAAAAUCCAACAUGAUGAAAAUAAGCAAGAAAUACUGACUAGUUUAGCAACUAUAUGUUUAGAUACUUUGAUCAAAAAUAAAAAUAUAACUGCCAUUAGAACUGGCAUGGCUUCAAAAUAUUUAGAUGAAGAUUAUGGAUUUCAACCUCCCAAUUGGUGGGAAACCAACAAAUCGCCACUUAUUGCAGUAUUUGCAAUCUUAAGCAUAUUUAUUUUACUUUUCUUGUGGGCUAAACAUAAAAAUAGCGAGCAAAAAAAGUUGAUGGAUUAUUUAUUCCAAGUAUUUCCAUUUAUUGUGAGCGUUGGGUUGGCAUUUACGAUUAUAAAACAAGAAAAUAAGAACGAUGAAUUUUUAGAAUGGUCAAGAAAUAAUAUGCAAAUGAUAUCAAUAUUCACAUUAUUAGCGGGAGCAAAUAUUGAAGUUUUAACUUUACUUGAAUCCAAAAUUGCAGGAUAUACAUUUUUUAAUGCUAAAUUUUCUGAAACGGCAUUAAAUAAAAUAAUUUGGGGAACUUGGUUCAAUUUAUUUGAAGAAAUUCCUCAAGUAAUAAUCCAGAUAGUUACUUAUGAUAUUAUACCCUUGUUAGCACUUUCAUCAUCUUGCUUAAAUUUAUUAAUUAAUAUUAUAAGAAUUACUAAAAGAACAUAUAAUACUUACAUACCUAAAGAACAUAAAUACGAAGAAAUGUUUAUAGGAAAUUCUAAUAGUGAUUAUAGUGAUGUAAUCGAUAAAGAUGAUGGAAAUUUUGGUGGAUUAAUUGAUGAAUGCAUUUUUUAA